AUGCGUCUAUCAAGAACAGCAGGCCUCAUGGCCUUGUGCGCCUCGGUGCAGGCCUUCACCGACUCCUCGCCCUUCAUCAUGCUCUCGACCGCUGAGUUCGCGAAGUCCAACCCCGCUCAGCUUCAGACUCAGUUCCAGGUCGUCAAGGCCGUUCAGGGUCUCCUCUCCUCCUGCCCGACAGACCGCUACCUUCUCGUCUCCCAGCCCAACGUCAACGCGGCCGACAUCCGCAACCCAGCCAGCGGCGACUGCCAAUCGCCCAACCUGUGCCGCGCCAUCUCCGACAAGGACGCUCGCGGCGUCUACAGCGUCGCCGAGGUCGUCGGCGAGGUGCCCAUCGGAAAACUGGCCGAUUACAUCAAGAAGUCGUGCGCGGGCAAGACGGUCGAGGUCGAGGAGGCCAGGCUCGCUGCCCUCGGACGGGACGCGAGAGCCGCCACACUCGCCGACAACGACCACGCCCUGGGCCAGCGCCUCGAGAAGCUGCGCAAGGCGUCGGAUUCGUACACCGUCAUCUACCUCGCCAGCCCCUCGGAGCCCACCUACGAGGCCGAGUUCACCACCGAGCCUCUGCACGCGGAGCUCAAGCGCCACGAGGCGAGCCUGCGACACGUCAGGAGGGCCGACAACCAGACCGAGUGGAGCAAGCUGCCUCUUUUUGAAAAAUACGUCUUCUUCUCCCCAGGCGUCUUCCACGCCAUUAUCGCCACUAUUGUUCUCUUCAGCAUUCUCGGUGUCGGCAUCAGGGCUCUCGCCAGCCUCGAGAUCCCGUACGGUGCUUUCGAGAAGGAGAACGGCCCUGCGGCUCACAAAAAGGCCCAGAGUGCCUCCUUCAACAACCUGUGUAUUUCAUUUGAGAACGUCGGGAGUUAUCGGCUGGCUUUUGACAGGCAUGUUUCGAGUAAAGGCGGAGGAACCAAGGGGCAUGAUACUUAG